CGCAUGCCCCCUCUGCAGCGGGCUGACGCACGAGGCCCACAGGAAGGAGGUGGAGCAGGUGUAUCUGCGCUGCUCUGCGGGCUCCGUGGAGUGGAUGUACCCGACCGGGGCUCUCAUUGUCAACGUGCGGCCCAACACCUUCCCGCCCUCUCGACACCUGACUCUGUGCAUCAAGCCCCUCAGGGACUCCUCAGGGGCCAAUAUUUAUUUGGAAAGAACUGGAGAACUGAAGCUGCUGGUACGGGACGGGGACCGUGGGCCCGGCCAGGUGCGCUGCUUUGGCUUUGAGCACGGCGGCCUUUUCGUGGAGGCUGCGCCCCAGCAGGACAUCAGCAGGAGGACCACGGGCUUCCAGUACGAGCUGACCAGCCAGCACGCGGGGUCAGACCUGCAUGCUCUGUCAG